AUGAAGAAUGCAAGGGAAAAACAGUUUUCAUCAUUUCUUCUGUUAGCGCAUUUCUGCUUUGUAGGAGCACAGAGUGACUAUGCACCCUAUUUCUAUGAUAAUGGGCCCAACAGUAACAACGGCAAUAUGGCACUCCUCAAUCUAUCAGAGGAUACACCAAGAGGAACACAGAUAUAUGUUCUUAAUGGAACUGACCCAGAAGGCCAGCCAGUAAAGUAUGGAAUUACCUUUGAACCUGGAUCCAAAGAAUAUUUUCGUGUUCAUCCCAAAUCUGGAGUAGUAACAUUAAUAGAGGACCUUGACAGAGAGGCACAAGAUGAGAUUGAAGUCUUUGUUAGCAUCUCUGAUAGCCUUAAUAAAGUAGUUGAAAAGGUUUCAGUUUUUAUCAUGGAUGCCAAUGAUGAGAGACCACAGUUUCAAAACAUGCCUUCCAUUGUAGAUGUGCCAGAGAACACGACGUCUGGGAGUAGCAUCUAUAAGGUGCGGGCAGUGGACAAAGACACCGGCUCGGGAGGAUCAGUCACUUACUUCCUUCAGAGCAGUGAACAAAGCCCAAAGUUUGCUAUUGACCAUCAUAGUGGCGUGCUGCGGAUAAAACCUGGAGAAUCCCUCGAUUAUGAGAAAUCCCGCACACAUUUCAUCACUGUGGUGGCAAAGGAUGGAGGAGGCAUUUACAAGGGCAAGCAACAAGUGAUGUCAUCAUCUGCUACUUUGACGAUAAAUGUGAUCGACACUCAAGAUUCUCCCCCGAUUUUUAUUGGAACUCCUUACUUUGGUUAUGUCUAUGAGGUCUCUUCACCUGGAUCUGAGAUAUUUACAGUUUCUGCCAAAGAUGGAGACAUGGAUAAUCCAAAUACGAUCAUAUAUUCAUUAGAUUCUGGAGCAGAUGGGUCUUUUUCCAUCAAUAAAACCAGUGGAGUCAUCACUUUGAAUUUGUACCCAGCAGACCUGAGGAGGGAAGUUUUUAAUAUUAAAGUCAAGGCUUUGGAAAUCAGUGCAGAAGGAAAACGCUUGGACUUCGCCACCACCACUGUGACCAUUCGGGUAGUGGAUCUGAACAACCAUCCACCCACAUUCUAUGGAGAGAAUGGACCUCAAAAUGUGUUCGAAUUAACAAUGUAUGAACAUCCUCAAGAGGGAGAGUUUCUGAGGGGCUUGAAAAUCACAGUCAACGAUUCCGACCAGGGAUCAAAUGCAAAAUUCAACCUCAGACUGGUGGGCCCAGGCCGCAUGUUAAGAGUGGUUCCUCAAACUGUUCUCAAUGAAGCCCAAGUCACCGUCCUAGUGGAGGAUUCUGCUGCAAUGGAUUUUGAAAAAUCACAAUUCCUGACUUUUAAGCUACUGGCCGUAGAGAUUGACACACCAGAGAGAUUCAGUGCCACGGCAGACAUUAUCAUUCAUCUACUGGACACCAAUGAUAACGCUCCCAAAUUCACCUCUGAUUUCUACAUCGCCCGGAUCCCAGAAAACUCACCCGGAGGAUCUAAUGUUGUGUCUGUGACAGCCAUGGAUCCCGAUUCUGGUAUAUGGGGUGUAGUCAAAUACUCCAUCUAUGGCUCUGGAGCCGACAUCUUUCUCAUUCAGGCUGAUUCUGGAAUCAUCUACACUCAGCCUUGGGCCAGUCUGGAUGCUGAGGUCAAAUCCAAGUAUAACUUCUACGUGAAAGCCGAAGACCCUGAAGGAAAAUACAGCCUCGCGGAAGUCUUUGUCACCAUUACUGACCUCAAUGACCAUCCACCAGCGUUUAAUGAAAACUCUCUGGAGCAGACCAUGGUGAUUGGUGCACCGGUCAAAAUAGAGGCGAUUGAUGAAGAUGCAGAGGAGCCCAACAAUCUCAUUGAAUACUCCAUAAUGAAAGCCGACCCAGACAACAUAUUUGACAUUAAUGCAGACACGGGAGAAAUAAAACUGAAGCCGUACAUCAAGUCAAUGGACAUUGUCCAGAAUAUCACCAAUCAGAAAGACUGUACCUGGUCUGUUGUUGUUCAGGCUAAAGACAGAGGUUCACCAUCCUUCAGCACAACCACAGUGGUAAAAAUUGACAUCACAGAAGCGACUCCACUCAAGGGACCUUUGACGUCCUUUUUUAUGAAUAGUAGGGAAAAUCCCAUGCAUUUCCUAGGCUUGAUCAGUGGUGUCAUUCUAAUCUUAGUUUUUGUGACAGUCGUUAUCUCUACUGUUAUAUUUGUGAGAAGAAACAAGGCCAACAAGAUUCUACCUUCACGUCGCAUCAUACGAAGGAAGCGUAAACCCCAGAAACAAGACGACUUCCAAGAACCAUUCAGAGAAGAGCAAGAGAUCCCUAGAGCAGACAAUGUCAACUUUAACAAUAACAUCAAAGUUUGUUCUCAUCGAACACCUCCAUCACCCCCGAAUGCCCCCGUCAUGCCUCCACCGUUGCCAAGUCACUGUAGACAUGGUGAACGGGAAUGGACUGUACCUACAGUUUCUGCAUCUGUAGCGUCCAAAUCAAAGAAGAAAUCUCACCGGUGUAAAGACAAUCCUGUCAACACAGCGCUAGUUUCUGAGCUCAAACUUAAACUGGAACAGAAAAACAUGGCAAACCGAUACUGAUAAGUUGAAAUGCAUGUGA